UUUAAAACCAUACACAUCGCUAAUUAUUUUACAAGGCUAAAAAAUGUAUUUAAUUAUUUUGAAACUCAUCACCGAUACAAGAAAUUGUGAUACGACGAUAAGGUGCAAAAGGGCACUUGGAUUGAUGACUGCAGGCAUUAAGUAGCUCUCCAGGGUGCUGAAGUUGAAGUCUCUCAACGCCACUGACGAGCCUCAUCAAACUGUUGUUUGUGAGCUAAGAUAUCGGAUUCAUUCGCAUUUAUUUAUGCUGCCAAGGAACUAUUGGUGUUGGAAAAGAAGAAAAACAUCGUGAACUCUUUCAAGGAUAUCACGCGCAAUUAUUAAAUUCAGUUCAUGAAGGAAACGCAUUGGAGGAAAAAGGUAAAACUUUAUGGAAAUCUUUUCAUGCGUCCAGAGUCCCAAAAAUAAUGGUGGUUUUUUUGUAACAGCCAUCUCUCAUAACGGCUUCUAAAGGAGGACAAUGCAAUAUAUUCACCUCCCAUUCGGAGGUGCUUUAUUGGAGUUAUCCAGUUACCCUUGUUGCUCCAUCAUCAGGAGCAGACACAGCCUCUCAACACUUCCAUUUUACUGCAUUAGACUAUGGAUUAUUCUUGGUGUUUUGACAUUUCCAUGUUGUGUCCAAUGCCUGAUUUUCAAAGUGGGAGUCCUUGGGCCUUGGAACUGUGACCCUUUUUACUCAAAAGCACUACCUGCCAUUGCAUCCAGAUUUGCUGUUGGUCGCAUAAACGAGGAUUUCAGUUUAGACCUGGGCUGUACAAUGGACUUCAUCAUUCUUCAAGAGGCUUGUGAAACAUCCAAAUCAUUGACAUCGUUCAUACAAUAUGAGAAUGUAGCUGAUGUGUUUGUAGGCCCUACCAAUCCAGGAUACUGCAAUGCCGCAUCUCUCAUGGGCAAGAAUUGGGAUAAGGCUAUAUUUUCGUGGGCAUGUAUUAACUAUGAGUUAGACCGGGUUCAAGGCUACCCAACAUUUGCACGAGCAUUACCAUCUCCAACACGGGUGCUUUUCAAUGUGUUGAAGUAUUUUAGAUGGGCUAACAUAGGAAUCGUGGCUUCUAAUGAGGAUAUAUGGAUCAACACUGCUGCCAAACUGGCCAGUGCUCUCAGAAACCAGGGGCUCCCCAUUGGCAUCGUUGCAUCUGUGGGAGUUAAUGACACCAUGAUAGAGAACACGUUGAUGAGCAUCCAAAACGCAGGGGAAAUAAAAGUCAUCAUUAUGUGCAUGCACUCAGCGCUCAUCGGAGGAGAGCAACAAACAUCUUUCCUGAUGAAGGCCUAUGACAUGGGGCUGACAAAUGGUCGCUAUGUGUUCUUAUCAUACGACACUCUCCUGUACAGCCUGCCCUACACCAACACCACCUACUUCCCACUGCAAAAAAACACCAAACUACGCAAAGCCUAUGAUGCUGUACUCACUGUCACAGUUGAGUCGGAGUUGAUGUCGUUCAACGAAGCAUUCAAAAUGGCCAAACGGCUAGGAGAACUAACAGUGUCACAAGAGCCAGAGCAGAUCUCUCCACUUUUUGGUACAAUCUACAACAGUUUGUACCUCAUUGCCAAGUCCAUGCACAAUGCCAGAAGGGCAGGUAAGUGGCUCUCUGGAACCAACCUGGCCUUCUUCACGAGGAACAUGACGUUUACUGGGUUCAACCAGAACAUCCGCAUAGAUACCCAAGGGAAAAGGCAGACCAACUUUGUGAUCUUGGACACUGAUGGCUGGGGAACUCAACUAUAUCGCUGCUUUCAAGUGGACAUGAGUUCAGACAUGGUGUUGUUUGCUGGCACAUCCAUUCACUUCCCUGGAGGCUCCCCCCCAUCUUCUGAUUCUAGCUGCUGGUUUGACUCCAACGCUAUCUGCACAGGAGGUGUGGAAAUAAUAUAUGUCAUCAUAGCAUUUGUGAUCGUCUUCAUUUUAGUUCUUAGUUCUGUUGGCCUAACUCUGUUCAUAAGGAGGCGAAUCCAACAAAUCCAGUUGAUCAAAGGGCCUAACAGAAUCCUGCUUACACUUGAGGAUCUGACCUUCAUCAACCCUCAGUUGAGCAAGAUGAAAAUCACCCUUGAGGAUCUUAGUGAUUCAAAAAGUUACAUUGAGGAGAAGAGCAUAGGCGACUGUUCCCGCUCUGUGAAUAGUAUGGCAACAGCAACACAUGAAACCUCAAAUGUGGCCGUCUAUGAGGGGGACUGGGUGUGGCUGAAAAAAUUUAAGGAGGGACAUUUCAAGGAGGUCAAACAGAGCACCACUAAGAUUUUCACCAAGAUGAAGGACCUACGGAAUGAAAAUGUCAAUCCAUUCCUGGGGUUCUUCACUGAUUGUGACAUGUAUGCCAUUGUCACUGAACAUUGCUCUCGAGGGAGCCUGCAUGACCUCCUUCGUAAUGAAGAUGUCAAACUUGACUGGAUGUUUAAAUCCUCCUUACUGCUGGAUCUUAUCAAGGGCAUGAAAUAUCUUCACCACAGGGAAUUUCCUCAUGGGCAUCUGAAGUCUCGUAAUUGUGUGGUAGAUGGACGUUUUGUUCUUAAGAUCACAGAUUAUGGUUACAAUGAGAUUCUGGAGACCCAGAAAGCCCCAAAAGAGUCCCCACCUCCAGAGGAUCUUUUCUGGACAGCUCCUGAACAUCUUAGAGAUCCAGAAAAUCCAUGGAAAGGAACGUAUAAAGGAGAUGUUUACAGCUUUGCAAUUAUACUUCAAGAAGUAGUUGUCAGAGGAGCCCCCUACUGCAUGCUUGGCUUGUCUCCUGAAGAGAUAAUUAGGAAGGUGAAGAAGCCUCCACCUAUGUGUAGGCCCACUGUAGCCCCAGACCAAGCCCCACUGGAAUGCAUCCAAUUAAUGAAACAAUGCUGGAGUGAACAACCUGAUAGAAGGCCUUAUUUUGAUGAGAUCUUUGAUCAGUUCAAGCUCAUCAACAAGGGCAAAAAGACCAAUAUUAUUGACUCCAUGUUGCGCAUGCUGGAGCAGUACUCCUCUAACCUGGAGGACCUGAUCAGGGAGAGGACAGAGGAGUUGGAGGUAGAGAAACAAAGAACAGAAAAGCUUCUGGCUGAGAUGCUUCCUCCUUCUGUGGCAGAAGCUCUGAAAACCGGUGUCUCUGUUGAGCCAGAGUACUUUGAUCAGGUCACCAUCUACUUCAGUGACAUUGUGGGCUUCACCACCAUCUCAUCUCUUAGCGAUCCAAUUGAGGUUGUAGACUUGCUCAAUGACCUUUACAGUCUAUUUGAUGCUGUGCUGGGCAGCCACGAUGUCUACAAGGUUGAAACCAUUGGAGAUGCUUACAUGGUGGCCUCUGGGCUGCCGAAGAGGAACGGCAACAACCAUGCAGCCGAGAUCGCCAACAUGUCCCUGAAUAUACUUAGCUCUGUGGGCUCCUUCAAGAUCCGGCACAUGCCAGAAAUUCCGGUUAGGAUAAGGAUAGGCAUUCACUCAGGCCCGUGUGUUGCUGGAGUCGUGGGUCUAACUAUGCCUAGAUACUGCCUUUUUGGAGACACAGUCAACACCGCCUCUCGUAUGGAAUCUACAGGGUUGCCUUACAGAAUACAUGUGAACAUUAGUACAGUGAAGAUUCUCCAGUCACUGAACGACGGCUACAAAAUAGAUGUUAGAGGAAAGACCGAGCUAAAGGGAAAGGGCAUUGAAGAAACAUACUGGCUUGUUGGAAAAUCAAAUUUUACAAAGCCUUUGCCAAAACCACCAGAGAUCAAACCAGGAGAUAACUGGCAAGACAUGGUGACAGAAGAGAUCAAGUCAAUAUUCCGCAAGGCCAACAGACAAGUGGACAACCCCAAAAUCUGAGAAGCAAAGAGGGGGACAGUAUAACUGAAGAAGGAAAGACAGAUAACCAACUGGAUGAGAAAGACAGAAAGGAGAACACAAGCAUGUGUGUAUUGCUACAGCUUACAAAGACUGCUUUAAUAGGAUUGAUUGUUGUCUGUC